GGGACGUGGGGAGGUGGAGUGUGCCGGCACCUGUUUGCCGCUUGCAGACUCGCGAUGGGGGAGCAGCGCUAAGUGGAUGUGACUGCUCCGAUCGCCGUCCACGGGCGAAGCGGGAAGAAAUAGCCCACCUCUGAUCACCAACGCGUCAUAUAAUGUUUCAGCGGACGCCCCUCCCCCUGUCUCGUUUUUUCCCCUCACUCAACCUCUCCUUUGACUCACGGAGGCGGCACACCACUGGCGCACGGAGCCGUGGAGGAUACGGGCAGAAGAUGGCUGACUUAGCCGGGCGCCGCGAGCCCUCGGCGGCAUCCCCAGCGACGCGCGGGCCGCUGAGAAGCUGCCAGACACCCGCCGUUCGGCGACUGUAAACAGCUGCCGCUGCCUCUCUCCCUCUGCCCCCCACCCCCCCGCCCCCCAGAUCUCCUCCCCCUCCUCACCGCAAAUAUUGACAGAAGUAUCACAGAGGAAAACAUGGCAGAGAUGGAAAAGGAGGGCAGACCCCCGGAAAAUAAGAGGAGCCGGAAACCUGCACACCCGGUGAAAAGGGAAAUAAACGAAGAGAUGAAGAGUUUCGCAGAGAACACCAUGAACGAGCUGCUGGGCUGGUACGGCUACGACAAGGUGGAGCUCAGAGACUCUGACAACCUGGAGAUAGGGGAGACGCCCCAACACAUCUCUGUCCUCAAAGAAAACUUGUUGCCAAAAAUCCCAGCUUCAACUGAAAGCCGCGAUGGCUCCCCGGACAGAGCCAACAGCUCCCAGUCUUUGCCAGCGUCCAGGAAUGGAGUCACGGAGCCCUCGACCACACCGUCCACCUCCAUGCCCGGCACCAAGGAACAUGGCAACCUGCCCAUCAUAGUCCCCAUGAUCCCCCCGCCACUGAUCAAGCCCCCCUCAGAUGAGGAUGCAUCCAAUGUGCAGAUCAUGUGUGCCUGGUGCCAGAAAGUCGGUGUCAAACGCUAUUCCCUGAGUAUGGGGAGUGAGCUGAAGAGUUUCUGCAGUGAGAAGUGCUUCGCCGCCUGCCGCAGAGCCUAUUUCAAGAGAAACAAGCUGGGAUAUGUAAGGAAUUACGCUGCGAGAGACGACGAUGGCCUCGGUGGGAAAUUACCCCAGAACAGCUUUACUCAGGACACGCCCAGGCUUGUCUUCAAGACAAACAGCGAUGUGCUUGUGUGUGACUGGUGCAAACAUAUUCGCCACACUAAGGAGUACCUGGACUUUGGUGCUGGUGAGCGGAGGCUGCAGUUCUGCAGUGCCAAAUGCCUGAACCAAUACAAGAUGGACAUUUUCUACAAGGAGACCCAGGCCGCGCUGCCUGGUGCACUGUGUAACCCAGGACAUGGGCCUGUUGGGGAGGGUAAGCCGGAGUGCAGCGGAGGGGUGCAGCUGCUCACUCCUGAAUCUUGGGGAACGCCAUUAACAGAACUGCGUCGUAAAGCUCCCUCACCUGGGGGGCCAUCCGCCACUUCUGCUUUGGCCCCUUCCACUUCCUCUGCCACCUCACCCUCAGACACUGCUGGCAUCUGCUCUCCAUCCUCUUCAGCCAAGAUCCCCACACCCAGACCCCAUGAAAGCCCUACACUUCCCCCUCCGCCUGUUCCAACUUUGCACCCACCAGUUGGAGUUCCCUCUGGUAGCCCUCCAAUGGUAAUGACUCCCCGGGGGCCUAUGCCCCUGCCUCUGUUCAUGGAGCAUCAAAUGAUGCAGCACAUGCGUCCUCCAUUUUUGCGCCCCUCUCCCCACCCAGCAGGGCCCAACAGCCCACUUUCAAACCCUAUGAUCCCUGGUAUUGGUCCACCACCUCCUCCAAGGACCUUUGGUCAAGCAUCAAGCCCCAUGCACAGGCCCCUGCUGUCUCCGCAUGUGCACCCCUCAUCCAAUCCCAACCCUGGCAUGAUGCCCCCCCAUCCUGGUCUCACAAUGCCAGGAAUGCACCCUUUCCCACCAGUUAAUAUGAUUCCCAAUGGACAUAUGCCCCUGCCCCCAAUGAUGAACUUUGGCAUGCCAUCAUUGGCCCCACUGGUACCACCACCAACUCUCUUGGUCCCUUACCCUGUUAUUGUACCCCUCCCAGUCCCAAUACCCAUUCCAAUCCCAAUUCCCAUGAACCCUAAAACUUUCAGGGACCAGCCAGAGAGCAAUGUCUCUGUCCGCAGUGUUCCAGAGUCGACUGAGAUUUCAGCUUCUGGGCUCCACUCUCCAGGUUCCUCUGGAGGUGACAGAGUGGAGCAGAAAAUAGAGCCAACCAGUGCAGAACAUCUCUCUCCUGUACUCUCAGAGAGAAGCAGGACAGCGUUGGUGGACUUGACCGUGAAGGCAGAGGAAACUUCAGGCACCCUGUGUCUAACCAGCAACCCUAGACUUAUGGAUGGUGUGAUUGAUCUAACUAUGGGCCAGAAGUCAUGCCAACAGCAGGUUAUUCAGAGAAUGCUACCAGGGGUCCAGGUCAAAGUAGAGGCAGAGGCGGAAUCUCCACCAGCUGCUGGGAUGGGGAGGGAAGGGAAGGGAAGUGAUGGUGGAGGAGUCCUCUCACAGGGCCUCUUCAAUGCUCCAUGGCUUGAAGGGGCAACACACCCAAACACACACACUGAAUCAUCAGGCCCACCCUCCAGCAACAACAGCCCUUGCAAUGGUGAUAUUCCAUUAAGCCAGCUAAAUCCCCCUAUCUCAAGCCUUACUCCACCACCCUUACCCAGCACAGCACGGACUCAACCCCAACCCCUGACCCAACUCCAAACUAGCCCUGGCACCCCAUGUAAUGUCAUUGUCAAUGGUACAGGAUGGCAUUCACUUCUCACUCCUACCUUUGAGUCUUUUCCUGACCAAAAAGGAGACGGGGUUGCAAGAGAAGGAGAGGAAGAAGAGCAGCCGGCCAAUGGAGAGCUGGAGCGGGAGGCACUGAAAGAGAACAAUUGCUCUGUUGGAGACUGGGAACCAGGAAAGCGGGUCUCAGCACAAGACGAGAUGGCAAACUCAAUAGAGGGUAAGCCAGACCCUGACUCCAACUUGGAGGAGGGUGAGCAUGGCUAUGCCCUGCCAUUACUGUCUGCUGGAGGCUGUGUGGUCAUCCAGCCUGUGCCAAAGCCAGGAGCUGACAAAACGGCCAUCCUGUCCUGUUCAAUCAGCGCCCCUUUAUCAGCAGCUGGGAGCCCCGAGCUGGAACCGCCACUGAAGAGGAGGUGUCUGCGAAUCCGCAAUCAAAACAAAUGAGAUGGAUGCUCUGAGGGAUGCAGUGCCAUCAAUGACACUCACUUGUCCAACCCCUCCUCCAAAUCCCACCCCUCCCAACGCCACCACUGCACAUGCACAUGCACAUGCACACACACGCACACACACACGUACGCACGCACUUACGCACGCAGGCACACGUACACACACACACAAACACACUGUUAUUGUCCUCACCCAUCGUCCAGUCUACCAGCACCACAAACCGCCUUCAACGACUGAUGAGAGUCCAACCAAACAUGUUGAUGUGUAUCAUAGCAGAGCGAACUGGAGUCCUUUUGUCUGUGUGACAGAUACAAGGACUGAACUUCUACAGACUUGAUGUCGUGGCCAGCAGGAUUGUUUCACCUUUGAACUGCAGACAGUAUAUCGUUGCAACAGGAGGACUUCACCCCGCUGCUUCUCUCCUCAUUUGGAUACUCUCAGCCCACACUGCCCCUUAUACCUUAUACACCCUCUCCUAUCAAAGUAAGUGCUCUCUGUGUUGCCUGUUACUAUGGAAUAGACUAUAGUUUUCAGCAUUCAGACCCACUGUUGGGAAGUUAGUGAGGGAGCUUAAAGAGAGAUUUCCAUCCCCCUUUGAAAGGCUCCUUUUUUGGUGCAACCUGAUGCCAAACCACAGGUACAAAAUCUCUGCUCCAGUAAGUGUUGUUCUUUUCUCUCACACAACUUGUCACUGAGGUAUAGCCUAAUGUCACAAAGUUUAGACUGUGGAACCACAGAGCUGUCAAAGAUAUCAGCUUUAUGUUCUUGGUCUUUGCUUGUCCACAACCAGAAAAAUAUGUACUUGCCAACCUGACACCAAAUGCUCUGGCUAAUGGUGAUGGUUGGUAAAAAAAAAAAGAAGAAGCAUAACAAGCAUGAAUACAGUUAAUGAAAUAUUAUUGAAGAACAAGCUAAUUUCCAAUAUGAGGCUAGGACUGUCCUUGGACAUAAAAUCAUCAAUUGUGUUGAGAAUUAUUCCAACUGAAUCAGCAAACUGGAGGAUAAAAUAUUCUUCACCAGCAAAUGAUGGCGAGUGAGUGGAAUCAUGCAUUCUCUGCCAUUUUCCUGUGUCACUAUUUGUUUGCGCAUUAACUUCUGAAUAUGUAUUAUUAAACGGAACGAGACAGAGUUGUCAAGAUAAUCAUUCAUACUAUUUACAUUUUCACAUAUUCGAGAACACCGCCUGUGUACUUGAAUUGUGAGCCCUGCGAGUAACAGUAAUACAGCUGUCUGAGAACAGUUCAGUGCUUACUGCACAACCAGAAGAAGUGGGAUGGCAUGGCAAUGUGGAAACUCUGCCAACCUGCAAUAGGUACUUGCGACCGCAGGCAAGUACUUAAUCUUUUCUAUAAUACAUUACCAGUGAUGUUCCUGUCAUGGGUUAGUUUGAGACGUGACUGCACAGAAUUUAGAGGGGGCAAAGGGAAGCCAACUCUUUCAUAAAUAAUUAUUUUGGGGUCUGAGGAAAAACUGCUGAAGUAACACUACCGACAUAUUUAAACAAUAAACACGCUGAAGACGGAUUCAUUUUGAAAAGAAAUUGGGUAAACUUCACUCGUUGCCGCUUGCUUGUCCGCUGAACUGAACCUGCCAACUUACUUAAUUUCUUGCCAAUUCUCAUUAAUUUAAAGCCAAAUCUAAUUGCAAUGUUGUCCUUGAUUCAACGUUGUGCUCUGUGUACAACUUUUGGGGGAAGUUUAAGUGAAAGCGACACAAACUGUCAUUGAACCAUUUUGAUCUGAUCCAGUUACACUGUGCCGUAAGCCUGUGAGCCGGAACACCAUCAGACAAAGUCAGGAUUUAGUUUACACUCCUAAAGAGGAGGUGAAUUUUACCAGUGCGAUACAAGGUAUGAUCAUAUGCCAAAGGCCUCUGGUGUGUUGAAACAAAGCAUGUCACCUAGUUUUCAUCUCAAAUGAAAGAUUUGACCAGAUAGUUUAACAAAAAGCACUUGUUUAAAAAAUUAAGGAAUAUAGUGGAUGUCAAAAGCAGUAUUACCGUUUCUUUUCUCUCUUUUUGGUUUCAGUCGAUAAAGGGUCAUUAUGUGAGACUGUGAGUUAAGCUCUGUAUUUAAAGGAUAAUGCAGCAGUUGAUGGAUUAUCAGUCGGGUGUUACAUGUACAUUGCUUUGCAACCUUGUCCUAUCUCACCGUUAUACCUGCAGCCUUUGUUUUAAUGCACUGUCAUGAUGACACACUGUGACUCAUUCAUUGUCCAAAUGAGGCCCCAACAUGUAUUCAUACACACACAUAUUUAUGUGUAAUAAGUACAUAUACUGGUGUCAGAUGUAAACACACAAUGCCCAUAGUAUAUUUUGCUUUGUGCAUGUGUGUGUGUGUACGCUUGUGUCCGUGUGUGUGUGUGUGUCCGUGUGUGUAUGUGUGUGUGUUUGUGUGUGUGUGUGUGUGUGUGUGUGUGUGUGUGUGUACGUGUGUGUCCGUGUGGGUGUGUGUGUGUGUGUGUGUGUGAGUGUGUGUGUGGCAGGUGCAAGCAGAAAGCCCAGUUGAGAUUACAAAGUGUUGACUCAGAAUAAGUACUGUGCAACUCUAUCUGUUGCCUGUUAGUCAGGCAUUUAGGCUUAGCUUGCCACUUGCCAAGGCCCAGCUUUGGUGUCAAUAUAAGUACACUGCCUGCUUCUGUCUUCUUUACCUUCACUGUAUUUGGCCCUGAGUAGAAAUUGUCUGAUGGAUUCCGAUAUGCACUCAAUAUCUCAAGAUACACUUUAUAUCAGAAGAAAAUAAAUUGCACUCCCAUUCCAAAACUGCAAUCUGUGUGAAAAGUGAAAGCACAAAACCCGGGGAUGAUGUAACUAAGAAACCGGACACCGUAGCCUCUGGUGUCUGUGCUACCUAGCACAUACAUAGUGUAACAAUACAAAACCAGGGCCAUAGACAGCAUUUUGAACACUCCCCACCAUCAUUUUAACAGAAAGUUUUCUAAUUUUUCAAUUACUAACAUUUUUUAAGUGCUUGAUUGCCCUCCAGGUCGCAGACAAAUUAAAAUGAAUUGGAUUUUUUUUAAAUUGAGAGGACAUAAUAUGGGUAUCCUCAGUUGUAGCUACAAACCGCCAUUAAACGUACACACCUAAACUAACUAAACCAAAGUUCAGACGGAAUACGGUUUCCUGUAUGUUGUUGUUCGGGCCUGUGCCCAGCAGUUAAAUAUGAAAGGUGGUCAUCUCCGCUGUUGACGUGAGGAGAACAAACUUUCCUCUGUCCUGGUAGCUCAUUACCACUCGAGCUGAGAGCCUGCUCGCAUUUUCAAAGAAGACAGAAGACUGACUGUAAAAAGUUGUCAAUGUGACAUGUAGACCGAUAUGUUUUUGUCCUGUGGGCGGCAGAGAUUAAUAAUGGCUGUGCAGGUAGAUUACCAUAAAAUGUACUGAGCACACUGAUGAUAAUCAGAGCACAAAGCCCUUUUCCAACUUGGACCCUCCAUUAGCACCUCUCUAGCACCACCCUCAGGACAAAGUAUCACAUGUUUUACACUCAAUAUCCAAGACUAAUAGUUCAGAUUUCAGUUCAAGGAAUAGAUCAACAAUAUAGGACAUGCACAUGUUUGCUUUCUUGCAGAGAGUCAGAUGAAAAGCUUGACAUCACUCUUCUCCGCAUUAAAUGUGAAGCUACAGCCAGCUGCAAGUUAGCCUGGUUCAUCCUAAAGACUGGGAGUGGUGGGAACAGAAUGCCUGGCUUUUUCUAAAGGUUAAAAAUAAUAAUAAUAAAUUCACUAAGUAACCACUUAUAUCUGUUUUUCAGUAUUUAUGUUGAGCCAAGCUAACUAGCUGCUUGACUGUAGUUUCACAAAUUCCCAAAAUGUGAAAAUAUUCCUUUACAUUUGCCUCCAGGUCAACAGCAAAUUGUUUUAGUGGCCUUUUCUUGAUCUUUCCUCCUCUACCACCAUCAGGUCAAAUUUACAAUCUCAGUCUAUUUUAGACUACUGGCUAAUCUACCAGUCUUUCUCCAAGUGGGUUACAAAACAUUUGAGGGGGUUUGAUUUUAAAGGGGAACUAUUAGAAAUCCAUUGACAUGACUGCUCCCCCCCCCCCCCCCCCCCCCCUUGCCUGACACCUUUACACACAUACACAGACACACACACAGACAAAACAACACACAUAUUACAUGUGGUUCUAAUCUGCACCAGGCUGUGUUGGUGUUACAAAUGGUAUGAGGAGACAGAUCCUGAAGAUAGGAAACCCUAACUCUUACGUGGAAAUCCUGGACCAUUGAAUCAGUCUUUUGAGAGGGUGAACAGACUCGUGACAAAUCUCCAGCAUUCCUUUUCUUUUUGACGAUAGACAACGGGCCUGGUCGGCAGCCUGAAUUAUGCAAUGACACCUAACUCCAAACGUAAUAGAGGGCGAGUGGUCCACAGACAACAUAAAAACAUGACAUGACAUCAUGUUACUUUUCAAAAACAACAGAGAAGUUGCCUUAACUCUUGCUUGUAUAAUCUCUACAGUUAAGACAAUGAUGCUUGCUUGUAAAGAAGACUCUCCCUUCUUUGUACAAAACGGAAUAUACCAGAAACAACAACAUUGUUAUCUUGCUAGUGUCAAUGUAUAGAUGAUCAGCUUUUUCUGUAACUUGUAUGGACUGUCACAUUUUUGCUAAGAAGAAACUUUUCCUCCCAACUUCCUCGUUCCUAAACAUCCAAUCUGUUCAACGUUUUAACUCGUGGUGGACUGUCAAUCUUUUUGUGUACAUUUUAUAUUAUUAUUUAUUGUCGACAAAUUUUGCAUUUGCAAAUAAUAAAAAAAGUGAAGAUGGUUUGACCUCAGUAUUCUGUUCCAAUGUAAAGGCCUGGUGAUCAGUGAAAUGCUUUUUUAAUUAUUGAAAUGGAGAAAACAGGAUCUUCUGGAGGAGAUGAUCGUCUGUCUUUUUAUUAUGACAUUGUAACAUGUACAUAGCAGUUGGCCAAAAUUGCAUUGGAAAAUAUUUUUUUUUGUGUUGUAACAGUAUUUGUUUUAUCCAGUGAAUUGCUCAUGAAGACAAAUAAAUAAGAGGAACACACAA